GACGGGCGGGGAACGGUGGUGCCAGGAUGAGGACGCGGAAUGCAGGGAAGACAGAACAGCGCUCGCGCGUGUCUCGGCAGGCUGAUCGAGGCUGUGACGGCAACCUUAAAAGACGAGGAAACGUGACCGCGAUAAAGAAGCACAUAUUUAACGAUUCGCGGAAUCGCGACAAGAUUGCGGAAGAUUCAAACGCGCUGAGAGGCGAGCGCGAGCGAGCGAAAUAUACGAUAGCUGUAUAAUUUAUCCGCAAAAACGCGAAAAAAGAGCGUUCGUGAGUGAAUUGGAACGUGCAUGCGAUCUCGUGAGGAUAUAUUUUUAGAAUUUUGGUAACUGUGCUCUUGUAUUGUGAGUGAAAGAGAGAGAAAGAAAGAAAAGGAGAGAAAGAGAGAGAGAGAGGAUCCCGGCGCCACGACGAGACGGAGAAAUACAGGUUGUGUAAUAAACUUAACGCGUCAUCGUGUUUGUUCUCUCGUUCUCUUGUUUGCUGUUCACUCGCGGCGGAGUGUCCAAUCGUCCGCGCUUCUGAGUGAAUGGGCGGCGUGGUCGACGUUUGUAGGUUAUACACAUUCACGGCUUGCGAGUGACAAUCGUGUGGGAUCGCCAGAGAGAAUUAUAUCCAUAAGAAAUGCUCGAGCGCGUAUUACUCGCGAUUACGCGCGAUUGAUCUUUUUCGAGCAUAUUUGCGUUGUACAACUUAUGUUGUAUCAAGAGAAGAAUUUUUGCCGUUUCUUCGUCUUAUUUUGCUUAUUUGCCUUGCGUUUUCAAGCAAUUUUUAUGUUAUAAUUGGUAUACGGUUUACUAAGCAUGUUUAAAGCCUCUUUCUGUCGGGCACGAGUAAUGCAAGCAAAUGUGUUUCCUUUGAUGCAGAUUAUACAACAACGAUAUCUGCUUCUUUAUCAAUCAGUAGAUAUCCACCUUGGGUAGAAAUCAUUCGUCAAAUUUCUGCGAUAAGAAAGUGGGUGUAUACCGAGCGUGCCGGCGAAUAGCGGAUAUAUGAAUAUUCGCUGUUAAAUUACUAUGGAAUAAGAAAAAUACAAUUUUCUAUAAUUAAUCGAUUUUUCGCAAUUAGUAGAUAAUUCUCUCUGUAUUUUAUUUCUUCUUUUAUCUUUGUUUGUUAACAUGUUUUUGUAAACAUAUGUAGCAACAGAUUCAUUUAAAUAGUUAACAAUAGCAAAGGUCGUGAUUUAUUCGUUUUGCCAGCCAAAGAUCAUUUUAACUCACUUGUGGAAAGUUUCUAUGGAUAUUUAAUUUUGUUUCUUUGCCUGAACAUCUUAUAAUCAAGCAUUUUAUAAUCAGAGUUGUGUCAUAGAUUUCAAGAUUAUGUUUUUGUAAAUUAUUUACAUAUUAUGUAUGUGAUAUAUACAUGAUCUUUUUUAUGUAGACAGUAAAAACUAUGUAAAAUAUAAGUUAUAUCAAAAUAUACAAAAAAAAAAGAAAAUAAAAUUAUGAAAUAGUUGUGGUAUAUUUGUCUUGGAUAUUAAUUAUAAAUGUAAUGUUCAAAGAAAAUAAAUUGCAUGAAAUUUUUAUUUCAUUAUGUGACAAAUUGGUAGAUUUAAUUCUAAAGAUAAAAGUGUAACCAGAAAAUUCUAUAAAUUUAAACUUGUGUUUAGGAAAUAAUGCUCAUAAAUUUAUAUCAAGAUACUAAAGGUUAAAUAAAAAUAGAAACUUCUUAAUUAGUUUUUUAUCAAACCAUAUGUUCUUUAAACAGCAUCUAUAGAUUACUUAGUUACAUUAAAUAAAAAACCUGUGUAUUCAUAUAUAUAUAUAUAUAUAUAUAUAUAUAUAUAAAACAAAAUAGCAUAUAUAUUUCUGAUCUGUGAUUUGUUCCGGAAAAGGACCUGAUAAUAUGAUUAUCACAGAGUUGUACAAAAAUAGAACAUAUGGUAGAAUGCAUUGGAUGUUAUAUGUACAACGGAACAUUUUUGAAUGGAGAGAAUUGUAUGUAACAACCUGAAGAUGAAUUCCACCAAGAAGAAUUUGUUGAAUGUCAGUUUACGAUGUCACAUGUGCAUAUAUCUUGAAAUAAGUGUGUGCUAUGUCUCUGUCAUACAAGAUAUCAGCAGCUAAUGUCUCGUGAGUUUAAUAGUGACUGUCUCAAGAACUUAGUGCCUCCUUAGGAAGAUUACUCAAGCAAGUCAAAAAGCACAUCUAGGCAAAGCCGUGAGAAAUCAUGUCUGAUAUUACUGUUCAAGAUUUACAGGAGCUUGUCGAACACUUCUCAAAGACCACCUACAGGACCAGAGAAGCAGAUCGUACAAGUCAAGCUAUUAUGCAACGUUGCCUGCUGCUCACUGGCUUAGAUUACAAUUAUUUUACAAUUGAUAAUAGCAACGGUGAUCUUUGCGCGCACUAUCCCAGCCAUCUUAUAAUAUUUAGAAAUGAUAAGUGUCGUCCGUUUGUGUGCGCAAAUUCACGGUCGACGCUAUCCAUAAAGGGAAACAUAGGCGACAACAUAGGUCACAGCAUGUACGAUCCCAACAAGCUCAAGAAAAUGAUGAUAGACGCGAGAAAUGCCAGAUGUCGUUCGAGAUUCCCGGUGCCGGUGAUAUUUUACGAGGGUAAGCACGUGUCCAGAUCGGCGACGUUAUCUGGCGGUCCAGAGAUCUACGGCAGGGCUGGAUUAGAUUACUUCUUUGGCGGUGAGGACGACCACCAUUCGGUGCAUGAACGGAUUAAACGGAUGGACAAGCCUUUACCUUGGAGAGAAGAUUACAUGGGACAAUCGAUGUUCACAGAUUGGCAACUGUUGGACAGAGUUAGAUCGCAAGACAUAAGGCUUUUAAGGGCUCUUAUGGUAGAUACCAUCAUAGACUUCAUGGUCGAAAAGAAGAAAGUUAAAUAUGGGAUGAACGUGACUUCCUCGGAGAAGGUAGACAAAGAAAACAGAUACAGGAAUUUUACUCUCGUUUCACUGCCAUAUCCUGGAUGUGAAUUCUUCAAGGAAUUUAGAGAACACGAUUAUCUGCCCAAGGGCCUGGUAUUCGAUUGGUAUCAGAAUUACGUAGAUGCGCCAAUAUCUGUACCUGAAGACUCGAUAUCGAAUCAAUUAAGGAUCAAUUGGGAUCUGUAUACAACGUGGGAUCUAGUCAAAUUAACGCAAAACUAUUUAAGAUUAAUAUUGAGAUACUUGAGCGAUAGUAAUGACGGGAUAUUGAUUCACUGUAUCUCAGGAUGGGACCGCACGCCGUUAUUUAUUUCCUUAUUGAGAAUUAGCUUGUGGGCUGACGGAGUGAUUCAUUAUACGUUAAAUUCAUACCAGCUACUCUAUUAUACUAUCGCCUACGAUUGGAUGCUCUUCGGACACAAUUUGGAAGAUCGGCUCAACAAAGGAGAGGAGAUAUUCUUCUUCUGCUUCUAUUUUCUAAAACAUAUUUAUGACGAUAAAUUCAGCAUACACAAACGUCCGGAUAGCGUUAAGCAUAACGAUGCACAGCCAGACAAUUUCGUGAUUGGCAGUGAAUCCUUUGAAAUACUGAAUCCUAAUGUGAGUCCUAACAGCUCGACUAGCUCCGAUAACCAAACGAGCGCAGAUAGUGAACCACCAGCUGUGUUUCAUUCUGAUUCUCUCCUGGAGAGUCAGGAUGAGUCUGAAGAUAAUGGGAAUACUGUACCUGGGAAACUUAAGAUCUCUCUAAAGAAGGAAAGUAGUGUUGCAGAAGGCUCGCGUUCACCAUUAUCUGCAAAUCGCACGUCUCCGGUUGGAGUUCCCAUACCAUGCAAUCCUGGUCUUCGACAACGAAACGACUCGACAUCCUCAACCGGCUCAUGGCAGUUAGUAUCGGGGACUGGUAGCCUGUGCGGCUCCACGACUGUUAAUGCUCCGCCGAUAGACACUGUAUGGUCUAUCGAUUCGGACUGCAAGCCUCAUUGUAAAACUUGCACACUCGGCUACCGCAUCUCUCCGCCGACAACCGGACGAGGACUUACCGUAGAGAAUAUUGACGAAGCUAUACUAGCGCGUAAGGAACGGUUGAAGUGUCUACGAAGUGUAUUUUAUAAGAUUUAUCCACACAUUGGAUUUCGGAUGAAAGAAUAACGAGACGGGUAAUAUCGGCCUGACCAGUAAGUUACGCCGUUAACUAUCUGGAGAAAGUCGAAGUCAUUUCCACUCAACGCACAUCCUUGUGAAUAAGACCUCAUUGAACGGCUUUUCAAGAGCGUCAAUUUAUUGUUAACGCGAUAUCUUUGCCCAAUUUAACAAUUUUAUAGACCACGACACGAGGAGAAUAAGAUAGUUAUAUAUUACUGUUUCGUUCAAAAACGAUUUUAUUGCUUUGCUCCCCCUGCCCCCUUUUCUUACGAAUGUUGCAUAAGAGUUGUAGCACACUAUGUGCAGAGAUAAUUGAAUAAAACUUGAUAUUUUUGUAUAUGUCUACAUUGAUAAAUAUGUUACACUAUCAAUUUCAUUUUGUCAUAUGAGAUUAGUAUUAACUCUUUAGCUGCCAUGGGAAUUAUUGGUAAUUCCUAACUGUAGUUAACAGUGCCAUGAAAAAUAUGCAUAUUACUCGUAUACGCGUUACUCAAUACACAGGGGUAUUUUAUAAAUAUUUUAUAGAUUUGACUUGGAAAUAAUGAUUUUAGUUAUGUAACCAUGGCACACAGGGAAUAUCAAUCUUUGUACGUUUAUACAUAAUAUGUAACUUUUUUUCAACAAUAAAUAUUGUAUUACUUUCAAA